AUGGAAGAAGCGGAAGAAUCACUUAUAAAAUUAUUAAAAUUGAAUUAUAGUUUUUAUUAUGAAAAUAGAAAUUUUGUGCUAUCUCAACCAAUUAUUGAUGGUGGUAAAUUGACUUUAGAAAAAUACAUUGAUGACUUAUUUAUUUAUCAAAGGAUUCAGGAUGACGCAAAAAUAUUUGAAACAACAUGGGAACUUUUCGAAAAAACCUUUUCUAAUUUAAUUGAUAAAUCAUCUAAGUCUCAAAAGAAAUCAAAUUUUUCGGAAAAUGAUGUUAAACUACUAAUUCCGAUUCUAAAGAUUACUUAUAUUAGCAAACCUGUCACUUCUUUUCAACAAACCAUAAACGGAAAAUUUCUUUUUGAAGAAGUAUUGGCUGGAGGAGCUCUAAUUAUAAAAAACAUUUCAGAAUAUUCAUAUGAUUCUUUGAAUCAAUUGAAAGCACGAAUCGUGUGCUCAAUUAAUGAAUUUCGUUGGGGUCAUAAAAAUUUAUUCAAGGAAGCAGGCUCAAAAUUGCCUUUAAUUGAGGAUUUAGCCGGUAAUCGAUUUGAUAACAUGGAAAUGUUGCGCAAAUAUAUCCAAGAAUUGUACGAAUUUAAAACUAUUUCAGUGAUUUCUUAUGAAAAGUUGAUGUCUUUAUAUGCUUGCCUAGACGUAAAAAAGCAACAAGAGAUAGGUAUAUUAAAAUCAUGCCCAGAUCACUUUGACAAACGCCUGGUACCAGAUAUUUCAGGUUAUCAUGAAGAGAUUAGUAUGAAAAAUUGGAUAGGAAGUAAUAAUAUAUAUAUGCAACUUUUAAAAUGGAUUAAACAAUACCAAUUGGACCACGGCUUGGUGAUUAACUCGACUGGACUUGUUCCUAGUACUAAGCCUGCUAUAGAAUUAAUGACUGAACCCUCAGUUAAAUUUCUUAAUUCAACUAAAAUGCUGAAUAUUUCAUACAUAGCAACACAAAAAGAUUUGUUUUAUAAAACAAAUUACAUUGAUAUAUUUAAUAAUUCUCAGAACAUAUUGGAUGGUAUCCCAUUUGUGAACUCUAUUAUUGACACUUCGCCCGUAAAUUACAUUCAAUGCGAUGUAAUAUAUGAACAAAUCUUAUUGACCAUAAUUAAGGACAGGAUUAAACCUUCCACGGAGCUUGAAGCCGUGAUUAUAAAAGCAUUAAAAGAAGAAAACCCAUAUGAUGAAUUAGAGAAAAUCUUUAAAGAAUAUGGACAGAUUUUUUGUUUAAAUUUCAUUAUGGGUGAAAGAUUGACUAGGUUAAACGGAUUUUCAUAUGUUGAGCAAGAAAGCCUUGCAAAAAUUACUAUUAAUGGAUUUCAAAAAAUAACGAACUGUUAUGAGGUUUUUGAUGAAUGGAAAAACCUUUUGAGUAAACAUCAAAUGGAUUCAACAAGAUUCUAUUCGUUCAAUAGCAAUUCAAAUAUUAGCGUUAACAAUAUAGAUGACAUUGAUCAGUGCCUAAAUGCUAUUCCUAAGAAUUUAGACUCAUGGAAUGUUAUUAAUCGUCUGCAACUAAUACCUUUGUAUAAAAUUCUUAAUGAUAAUCUUCAAAAAGAAAUAGAAAUUUUAUUAAGUAAUGAAGAACGAAUUUUGAUGGAAGGUGUUUCUAAACUUAAAAAUAAUAAAAUUAGAUAUUACAAUGAAAAUUUUGGCUUUCAGCUAAAAAGUGAUAAUUAUCAAGUUAUUGGUUUAGUAAUUUCAAAUAAUUCAAUAAGAUCAGAUUUAAACGUAAGGUUUCAAAUGUUGACAGUUUCAGGGUUUUCAGCUAUUAUUGAAGAUAUUGAUAAUAAAGACACAACAGAAGAAACAAUUCACGGUGAUUUAGCGAUAUAUUGGAUAUUGAUUGGAAAACCAUUAUCUGUUAAAUACUUUAGCCAAAAGACCAGAAAUAUGAGGGUUUUAACUGGACAAUCUUAUUACAAGCUAGACGAACCUGAUGAGAUUAAUUCAAUACAAGGCAGCAAACCUGAUGAGAUUAAUGUAGAGCAAAAAAAUAAUAGUUAUGAAUCAAAACCUGAAGAACAAUUAGAGACCUAUUUAAAAGAACAGAAUAUAAAAAUAUUCGAAUAUUCGCAAUUUAGUGACCGUAAAUACAUUGGCAGAGGAGGUUAUGCAGAUGUAUAUUCGGCCACUUUUCAGGGACAAAUAUAUGCAUUAAAAAUUUUUAACAAUAACUUGAGUUUCAAUGAAAAUGAGUUUAAAAAUUUUAAACGUGAGCUUAAAUGCCUUUAUAAGGUUGAUCAUUCUAAUAUCGUAAAAUUUCAUGGAAUCUCUAUAGUUGAACUUGAUAAAUUAUCCGAAGAAACUACUGUAGAGUUUAUUAUAAAUAACAUUAAUAGGCAAAGCAGCGAACCUGAUGAGAUUAAUUCAAUACAAGGCAGCGAACCUGAUGAGUUUAAUUCAAUACAAGAUAGCGAACCUGAUGAGAUUAAUUCAAUACAAGGCAGCGAACCUGAUGAGAUUAAUGUAGAACAAAAAAAUAAUAAUUACAAAUCAAAACCUGAAGAAUAUUCGGAACAAUUAGAGACCUAUUUAAAAGAACACAAUAUAAAAAAAUUUGAAUAUUCGCAAUGUAGUGACCUUAAACGCAUUGGCAAAGGAGGUUAUGCAGUUGUAUAUUCGGCCACUUUUCAGGGACAAAUAUAUGCAUUAAAAAGUUUGAACAAUUAUAACUUGAGUUUCGAUGAAAAUUAUUUUAAAAUUUUUAAACGUGAGCUUAAAUGUCUUUAUAAGGUUGAUCAUUUUAAUAUCGUAAAAUUUCAUGGAAUCUCUAGAGUUGAACUUGAUAAAUUAUCCGAAGAAACUACUGUAGAGUUUAUUAUAAAUAACAUUAAUAGGCAAAGCAGCGAACCUGAUGAGAUUAAUGUAGAACAAAAAAAUGAUAAUUACGAAUCAAAACCUGAAGGUAUAAUGUCAGUGAAAAUAUUGUCUGAAUAUUCGGAACAAUUAGAGACCUAUUUAAAAGAACACAAUAUAAAAAAAUUUGAAUAUUCGCAAUGUAGUGACCUUAAACGCAUUGGCAAAGGAGGUUAUGCAGUUGUAUAUUCGGCCACUUUUCAGGGACAAAUAUAUGCAUUAAAAUGUUUGAACAAUAACUUGAGUUUCAAUGAAAAUAAGUUUAAAAAUUUUAAACGUGAGGUUGAUCAUUCUAAUAUCGUAAAAUUUCAUGGAAUCUCUAGAGUUGAACUUGAUAAAUUAUCCGAAGAAACUACUGUAGAGUUUAUUAUAAAUAACAUUAAUAAGGAUUUAGGUCAAAUUAAUCCAAUACAAAGUAGUGAGCCUGAUGAUAUUAAUUCAACACUAAGCAGCAGCGAACAUGAUGAGAUUAAUGUAGAACAAAAAAAUAAUAAUUACAAAUCAAAACCUGAAGAUGUGGUCGGUCAUGACCUUCAAGGCAACCAUGCAAUACCACAGAGUCCUCACAGUCAAAUAAACCAUCAAGGACAAAUUAAUCAGGGGAAGAAUAUUGGCAACAUUGAUCACCAUGAACAUGAACAGCAACAAUAUUCACAUUCGAGUCAACUAGAAGCGGACUUUAAGAGAUCUAAACCAUAUUUAACAUGUAUGGGCAAGAAUAUUGUAUAUUGUGGAGGUCUUGGAAUUGAUCCUAAGUUGUUGGCAGGUAUAUUAAAUACAAGUUCAGGUAGAUGUUGGUCAAGUGAUACAUAUAAUCCAUGCCCAAGUAGAGAUUACGAAGAUGGUUUUGUUAAUACUUUAAUGACAAAAGAUAUGGGAUUGGCUAUUAAUGCUGCUAAUGAGACACAAGCUACCAUUAUUCUGGGUGCC